AUGAACGGAGCAAAUGGCACACCGCGCGGGAAGCGCAAGCAACACCCAGGCUCGGCGGCGGAGCGGCCUCAGAAACAACAUCGAGCUGUGAACGGGAAAGAGUCCGCGGGACAGAACACCCCGGAAGUGAACUCAAUGUUCGAGGAGGAGAUGGAGAUGGAGCUGGAGGAGAGUAGAGUUGUCCCUGGCCUGGCAGACACGGCAGAGUGGCAGGCGGCGAUCGAGAAGGUCGUUCGGAAUGUCGUCUCGAUACGUUUCUGCCAGACCUGUGCCUUUGACACGGAUCCCGCAUUGACCAGCGAGGCUACGGGUUUCGUCGUUGAUGCAGAGAGGGGAUACAUCAUGACCAAUCGACAUGUCGUGGGCGCGGGUCCCUUCUGGGGAUACUGCAUAUUCGAUAACCACGAGGAGGUUGACGCCUACCCUGUCUACCGUGACCCUGUUCACGAUUUCGGGAUCCUUCGAUUCGACCCCAAAGCCAUCAAGUACAUGCCCGUUACUGCUCUACCCUUGCGACCGGACCUCGCCAAAGUGGGCGCAGAGAUUCGAGUCGUUGGUAACGAUGCAGGUGAAAAGCUCAGUAUUCUUUCCGGUGUUAUCAGUCGGCUGGAUAGAAAUGCACCGGAGUAUGGAGAUGGUUACUGCGAUUUUAAUACCAACUACAUACAGGCUGCGGCUGCUGCAAGCGGCGGAAGUUCUGGCAGUCCGGUGGUUAACAUCGAUGGGUAUGCUGUUGCAUUACAAGCUGGAGGUAGGAGUGAUGGUGCGGCUACCGACUACUUUCUUCCCCUCGAUCGACCUCUACGGGCCCUCAAAUGCAUACAAGAGGGGAAACCCAUCACAAGAGGAACAAUACAGUGUCAGUGGAUGAUCAAACCAUUCGACGAAUGCCGAAGGCUUGGCUUGACUCCUGAAUACGAGAGCGCUGUCCGAAAGAAUUUUCCAAAGGAGACCGGCAUGCUCGUGGCAGAGAUUGUGUUACCGGAAGGCCCAUCGGACAACAAGAUCGAGGAGGGGGAUGUUUUAAUAAAGGUCAAUGGGGAAUUGCUAACACAAUUUGUCCGACUGGAUGACAUCCUGGACUCGAACGUUGGGAAUAAGGUUAAGCUGCAGCUUCAGCGCGGUGGAGAAGACAUUCAUGUCGAGGUCGAUGUUGGGGAUCUCCAUAAGAUCACUCCUGACCGAUUCCUCUCCGUGUCAGGGGCCAGCUUUCACGAUCUCUCAUACCAGCAGGCACGAUUAUACGCCGUUGCCUGCAAGGGUGUAUUUGUUUGCGAGGCCACCGGAUCUUUCCGAUUCGAGAGCACAGAUAAUGGGUGGAUCAUCCAAACCGUUGACCACAAGAAGACCCCUGACCUGGAUACUUUUAUCGAAGUCAUGAAAGGGAUCCCGGACAGAUCGAGAGUGGUCGUUACAUACAAGCAUCUACGAGAUCUGCACACUCUCAACACCAGCAUCUUGCAUAUCGACCGUCAUUGGUCGAGUAAGAUGCGCCUCGCUGUCCGAAAUGAUGAGACCGGUCUCUGGGACUUUACAGAUAUCGCCGACGCCAUCCCACCAGUACCGCCAGUUCGUCGCUCGGCGAGCUUCAUCCAACUAGAGAAUACCCAACAUCCCGCAGCUGCCGAUGUUGUACGCAGCUUCGUCCGCGUCUUGUGUCAUAUGCCGGUCAAGCUAGAUGGGUUCCCUCGCAAUCGGAAAUGGGGGAUGGGUGUUGUUAUUGAUGCAGAGAAGGGUCUUGUUGUCAUAUCUCGGGCGAUCGUACCUUACGAUCUCUGCGACAUUUCCAUCACCAUAGCCGAUUCGAUCAUUGUCGAGGGAAAGGUGGUCUUCAUGCAUCCGCUGCAGAAUUAUGCCAUCAUUCAGUAUGAUCCUUCUCUCGUGGAUGCUCCGGUUCAGAGUGCCAAGUUGAGCACGCAGCACGUGACGCAGGGGGCUUCCACGUACUUUGUUGGCUUCAACCAAAAUAUGCGCAUUGUGAUCGCCCAGACGACCAUCACCGACAUCACUGCCGUGGCAAUCCCAGCAAACUCAGGAGCCCCUAGAUACAGAGCGGUGAAUGUUGACGCAAUAACAGUGGAUACGAGCCUGAGCGGUCAGUGUGGAAGUGGUGUGCUUGUUGGGGAAGACGGGACAGUGCAGGCCUUAUGGCUGACAUAUCUUGGUGAACGAUCGCCAGUCACCCAAAAGGAUACUGACUACCAUCUCGGUCUGGCGACGCCGACGCUACUGCCGGUCAUCAAGCAGAUUCAACGAGGCGAGAAGCCCAAGCUUCGAAUGCUCAGCGUAGAGUUCAAUGCAAUCCAAAUGAGUCAGGCGCGUAUCAUGGGUGUAUCAGAAGAAUGGAUCAAGAAAGUAGCCGAGGAUAACGCCUCGCGUCAUCAACUCUUCAUGAUCCGGAAACGGACCUUUGAGCGUGGGGAAGAAGCCGGGGGACUUCUCGAGGGCGAUGUCAUCCUCACCCUGAACGGAAAGAUUAUCACUCGCGUGUCUGAAUUGGAUGUCAUGUACGACCAUGAAGUCCUUGAUGCAGUUAUUGUCCGAGACUGUGUUGAGAUGAAUAUCAAGCUCCCUACCGUCCCGGCAGAUAACCUCGAGACUGACCGAUUGAUCUCCUUCUGUGGCGCUAUACUUCACCGUCCUCACCAUGCUGUCAGGCAACAGAUCAGCAAGUUGCACAGUGAAGUGUAUGUUUCUGCAAGAACCAGAGGAAGCCCCGCGUAUCAAUAUGGAUUGGCGCCAACGAACUUCAUCACACAUGUUAAUGGGAAGCCGACCCCGGAUCUGGAAACCUUCUUGAAGGCGGUAGUGGGUAUUCCGGAUAAUACUUAUUUCCGAAUUAAAGCCAUGACCUUUGACAACGUCCCAUGGGUUGUCACGAUGAAGAAAAAUGACCACUACUUCCCCACUACGGAGUGGGUCAAAGACCCUUCUGAACGCGAUGGCUGGAAGAGAGUCACAUAUGAGCAAGGGAAAGCGGUUCAAGGGGAGGGUCAUGAUGGCAUUAGUAUUACCGGGGCCGAUGAUUCCGAGAUGGACGCGGAUAUGUAA